AUGCCUUCCGUCGCGGAGGUGAACUCUUCGUGCGUUUUCUGUUCAAUCACGAUCUCGCCACCGAGCUCACCGAUGCCGAGCGCAACGAGUACCACGUCUCCGGCUCCUCUGUCAAAGUCCCUUUCCGGCUCACACUCCAACGAAGCCGAAGCCGAGGUCUGCCGUCAGAUCAUCUUGGCGCUGCUCAGGAAGAACGUCCGUCCUGCCUCUUUGGCCAUCAUUGUCUUCUACAAAGAGCAGAGUCGCCUUCUAGAGCAUUUCGCCAAGCGUACCCAAGUUGACAUCCACACCGUAGAUAGCGUUCAGGGGCGUGAGAAGGAUAUCGUAGUCCUGCUGACGACACGCACAAAGCGUGUCGUCAGCAGGACUAUAUCGAAGCUGAGCGUGGGGAAUUUCUCUACUACCUCCACAGAUUGA